AGAUUUGGCAACACUGUUGGCUUGUGGAUAGGAGAAUUGUGUGGGCGUCUCGUCGUCUCGUUCCUGAGACGAAUUGCGUGCGCGUUUUGUGUGGUUUGAUAUCAAAGGCUCUGUGAGACCAUGCCUGACAGUCCGGACCUUUGGGUCAUUUCUCCCGAGGCUCGGGCCAGGUUUGAUGCUCAGUUCAUACAGAUGCAUCCUGUCGGGGGUUGUAUUACUGGUGAACAAGCUAAGAAAUUAUUUCUUCAGUCUGGACUACCAUCUGCUGUUUUGGCAAAAAUAUGGUCCCUUGCGGACAUGGAUGCUGAUGGUAAGAUAAAUCAACAUGAGUUUGCUGUUGCUCUGCACCUGAUACAGAUGAAGUUGAAAGGCAUCGAGCUGCCUGCCACCUUGCCUCUGUCCCUGAAGGAUGCUUUCGUUCCAGUCUUUGGUCCUCCAUUAGAGCAAGUGGUACCAGCAUCCUUGCACACAACUUCGACUCAAGCGUUUCCUGCUGCUCCUCUGACAAGCCCUCCAACUGCGGCGCCUUCACUUCCAGGCCCCCCAAUAUUGCCUGGUCCUCCUCCAGUGGCCCCCAGCAAGUCGUACACUCAGAGUUCCAUAUCACUGACUGAAUGGGCAGUGCCUCAGCCAUCCAAGCUCAAGUAUACACAGCUGUUCAACUCUUUGGAUCGCAGCAGAUCAGGAUUCUUGAGUGGUGCUCAGGCACGCACAGUGUUGCUGCAAUCAGCACUCCAUCACACACUUCUCGCUCAGAUAUGGAGCCUCGCAGACAUAGACUCAGAUGGACGGCUGACAUGUGAAGAAUUUGUGUUAGCCAUGCACUUGGUGGACUGUGUGAGAGCCGGUGAUACAUUGCCUGUCACACUGCCUCUAGAUCUGACGCCACCAUCGUACAGAAGACAGCGCAGUGAUAGUGUGCAGUCAACAGGUUUGCUUGAUCAGCCUGUUCCCGUUGUGGAACCCAAAGAUGAUGGGAUGGCAACCUUCGAGGACAGGAGAAGAGAGAACUUUGAGAAGGGUCAGGCGGAGCUGGUGAGGCGAAGGCAGGCUUUGCUGGAGACCCAGAGGAAGGAGCAAGAGGAAAGGGAUAGGAAGGAAAGGGAGGAACAGGAGAAGAGAGAACGCGUACGACAAGAACAGGAGAGACGUCGCCAGAUGGAAUUGGAGAAGCAACUUGCUCGGCAGAGGGAGAUUGAGCAGGAGAAAGAGGAACAGAGAAGAAAGGCCCUUGAGCAGAGAGAGGCUGCAAGACGUGAGAUGGAGAGACAAAGGCAGCUUGAAUGGGAAAAACAGCGUGUGCAGGAGUUGCAGUCGCAAAAGCAAAAGGAACAAGAGCGCAUCAGUCAACUCAAGGGUCACAAAAAGAAUAUUUGGCUGCAACUGGAACAAGUGAAUAAUAAAAUCAAUGAAGCUAACCUCAAGUUGGCAGAAACCAAGUCAGGAGUGGCAGAGAUGAAAGCACAGAUUGAUGAAAUGCGAACUGAACGAGACCACAAGAUGAAAGAGCUGACUGAGCUGAAGCUGGAGCUUAAGGAGAUUAAUGAUAAAAGGCUUUUGCUGAAUCAAGAAUACCUCAGUCAACAUGGCCAUGUUGUACCAUCGGUUAUCCACAGUGCAAAUAAUGCAUUUACUGAGCAUUCAAACACUGGCAGUAAAGAGGCAACAAUCAACUUGCUACGCACCACUCUGACUGAUGUGGACAAAGAAACACAGGCACGCAAGAAAGAUAUUGAGAGUAACAACCAGCAGUUGAAGGAUCUGAAAGAGGCAUUGAACACUCUUGAACAACAGAAUGACAACUUAAUGCAAGAAGUGAUGCUGAAAAAGCAGCAGUUGCUGGCAAUGCACAAAGCUUCUGACACCUGGAACAACCAUGGAGCUGAAACCUGGCCAACCCACGAGAGCAGUGAAGCACCUGAGGAGGAUGGCCUUGUGAAGUACAGAGUCCUCUAUGCCUUUGAAGCUCGUAACACGGAUGAGCUUUCAAUUAUGCCUGGAGACAUUGUGCUGGUUCGUGAGCACCAACAUGGAGAGCCAGGUUGGCUAGGAGGUGAACUUCGAGGCAGCACAGGAUGGUUUCCUAAGUCAUAUGUUGAGAAGGUUUCUGCAGAAGAACCAGUCACUAUCACACAACUUGUUGCCAGCAAUGAGAGGAAGACAACACUUGAGUUUCCAGUGGUGGAACGACUGUUGGUGCCAGGUGCAGUUCUCACUGUUACUGAUGCCCACACUGUUCAAAGGAACCAUAGGACACAGCUUCCAUUCAGUUUAGCAACCAGUUCUGGAGCCUCAUUCGUGGCUACAUUAGGUGGUACCUGUGUGAUAGUUCCCAAUAUCCAGGUAAAGGUGGCCACCUCCUUGCCUGAACUGCCAUGCAGCACAGUGUUGUCAAAAUGUGACUUUGCCUGCCAAGUCUGCUUUACAACGGAAGGCAAGACUGCACCUAAUGUGAUAAGUAUUGGGACUCAGACAGAGCAUCAAGACGAUGCCAUGCCUACUAUAAGGUGCGCUUUUACGGGAUCAUCGACCUCGAGUGAGGUGUUCCAAACAGUCUUCAGCUCUAUUUUGGAACUUGAUGAUUGCCUCCUGAAGGGUCAGACAGUAGGUAUAUCAGAAGCUCCAGAGAACAGUCCACUGGUUGUGGAGGGCAACAUCCCAGAUGUGUUACAACCAUCAGAAAAUUCUUGUUUCACACAACUGCCGAAGGUCACUGGCCUGGAAAAUUCAUCUCCUGUGCCCGGACAGGGAGAAACUGUCGGUCUACAGGCGCAGGCACUAUUCCCAUGGCGUGCCAAGAAAGAUAACCACUUGUCGUUUAACAAGGGUGACAUCAUCUCAGUUGUAGAACAGCAAGAGAUGUGGUGGUAUGGCAGCUGUCAGGACAAGGUGGGAUGGUUUCCAAAAUCCUAUGUGAAGCUCAUAUCUGGACCGCUGAAAACAGGACGUAGCAGCCUUGACCAUGUUGAAGCAGAAGAUGAUCAAAGUACCACAGCUGCAGUAGAGGAACCCACUCAAGAAUGUAUUGAUGGACAAAAGUAUGAAGCCCUGUAUUCCUACCAGUCUCAGGAGCCUGGAGACUUAAGCUUUGCUGCCGGCGACAUUAUUGAGGUACAGAAGAAGGAUGGCGACUGGUGGACUGGUGCCCUCAAUGGCCAGGCCGGUAUAUUCCCGAGCAACUAUGUUAGGCCUCUAACUACUGAGGUACAGGUGGCACCUGUGGAAGUGAAAGAAGCCUUUCCCAUUGCUCCUGAAGAGACAAAUGCACCUUCAGUGCAGGAGAGCAGCAAGCUAGCCAAGAAGCCAGAGAUUGUCUCUGUCCUGGCACCAUACAAGUCUACGGGGCCAGAGCAAUUAAGUUUGGAGAAAGGCCAACUGAUCCAAGUGAGAAAGAAGACAGAUGGUGGCUGGUGGGAAGGCGAACUACAGGUGAAAGGUAAAAAAAGACAGACCGGUUGGUUCCCAGCAUCGUACGUAAAAGCCCUGUCUGGUAGUGGAGCAAAUAGCGCACGGAGUUCACCCGUUCCUUUGGUUUCUUCAAGUCAGGCAGGUGGGCGUAGCUCGAGCCCCCUCGACGUUCUACCGCCUUCACCACGAUGCGGCUGUAACGGGUGGCGACGAGGGGAAGUCAACCCCAUUGAAGUUACAAGUUAUUCGUUCUGCGAAGUGGGCAAGUGGUCAGUUGUCGUCUGAAGCUCCCAAGUUGACGUUCAACAACAAUGAAGAUGCCCACAUACGGUAGGAUAGGUCCAUUUGAAGGGGGAGGCGAGGAGUGGCCUGUGCACGUCGAGUGUCUCGAAGUAGUCUUCGAAGCAAACAAUGUGGCCACCAAUAAAAAGAAGGCGAUAUUCUUCAGUUCUUGUGGUCCGAAGACCUACUCGCUUCUACAUGACUUGGUGAAGCCAGCAACGCCCCAGGACACGCCAUUUGAAGACGUUCUUUCUAUUUUGAGUAACCAUUAUGCUCCUAAACCGUCAGUUGUGGUUCAACGGUUCCGCUUCAAUACCAGGAUGCGCGGAAAAGGAGAGUCAGUCAGUGACUCCAUUGCGUCACUCAAGAGUUUGUCUGAGCAUAGCGACUUCGGGGGUGAGCUGACGAACAUGCUACAAGACCGUACAGUGUGCGGGAUUGACGAUCCAGCUGUUCAGACUUGUCUUCUGGAAAAGUCUGACUUGACGUUUGAAGCGGCUGUGCAGAUUGCCAUCUCCAUGGAGGCCGCUAAGAAAGGUGUUGGCGAAAUCUGCCAGUCUAGUUCCAGCACUUCAUCGUUUGCGACUCAUCGUGUUUCGUCUUCAGGGACUGUCAAAUGCUAUCGUUGCGGAGAGGUACACUUCGCAUCUCAAUGCAAGCAUGUGUCAACCGUCUGCAACCAUUGUCGUAAGUGCGGUCACUUGGCUCGCGUGUGUAACUCCAGGAAGAACCUACCAGCAAACAAGUAUUCACGACGCAAGGCGUCGAGCUCCAGUCAUGCGAUUCAGCAGCCUGGAGAAAUUCCCCGUAAGUCUUCAGGGAAUUGUCGAACAUUGCCUGUGCAUGCUGUUGAUGACUGCGAGGGUACUCACGUGUCAUCGUCUGAAGUAUUCGACAUGUGGCAAGUUCAGGGUACCCUCUCAUCGCCACCACCACCAUUCAUGGUUACUGUUACCUCUCCCCAUGGAGGUGGACACGGGGGCAAGUGUUAGUGUCGUUGCUAAGGAUCUCCUUCUGGAACUGCUACCCGGGCAUCCUGUUAAUCCGUCAACAGUGUCACUACGAAGCUACACCGGGGAACUGACACAAGUGCAGAGUCAAACAGAUGUUGCAGUACAAUUUUGCAACAAGACAGCACUUUUACCAUAGUACCUCACCGGUGCAGGAUUUCCUUCACUUCUUGGCCGGAAUUGGAUGCAGCAGUUGGGUAUUGACCUUGUUGACCGUCCAGUGAAUAAGUGCUCUAUGCUGGAUGAGAACACUGCUGUUCGAGAAUUUUCUGAUGUCUUCAGCGAUGGUUUGGGACUGUUCAAGGGGCCAGAAGCAUCCAUUCGUGUUCCCCGUGAAUCACUGCCUAAGUUCUUCAAGCCACGACCGCUUCCCUUCACGUUAAAGGAGGGAGUGACUCAGGAGUUGCAACGAUUGCAAAGGGAAGGUGUUCUCGUACCUGUAAAGACUUCUGAGUGGGCAGCGCCGAUUGUUCCUGUGCCCUGAAGGAAGGGUGAGUGCGAGUGUGUGGGGACUUCAAAGUCACUGUGAACCCUGUUGCCACGAUCGAGAAGUACCCUAUUCCCCGCAUAGAGAAUCUGUGGGCCACGCAUUCAGGUGGCGAAAAAUUCACCAAACUAGACUUAAAAGAUCAGUCUAGACUUAAAAGACCAACAAGUCGUCCUCGACCAAGAAUCCAGGAAAUAUGUGACAAUCUCAACACAUAUAGAACUGUUUCAAUACACACGUUUAUCUUUCGGUGUAUCGUCAGCACCUGCUAUCUUCCGGCGUGAGAUGGAGAACUUGUUCCGUGGUCUUUCGCACGUUGCUGUAUAUUUGCACGUUGCUGAUGACAUAUUGGUCACCGGACGUGAUGAUGCUGAACACAUGCGUAACUUGCAUACUGUCCUGGAGCGCCUUCAGGGUGUCAGACUCAAACUGAUGCGCGACAAGUGCCAUUUCUUUGUGUAGCAUGUCAACUACUUGGGACACAUCAUCAGUAAGGAGGGUCUUUCCCCGGACAAGGACAAAGUGGCUGCCAUCACUCAAGCACCAGCUCCUCGUGACGUAAAGGAACUCCAGAGUUACCUUGGACUAAUCAACUUCUAUAGUAGAUUCUUGCCUAAUUUAUCCUCCGUUCUUCGUCGAUUGUAUCUGCUACUCACCGCCGGGAAGAAGUGGGAGUGGGGGCAAGCAUAAGAAGAGGCUUUCAACAGGAGUAAGCAUUUGAUGUCUGAUGCACCAGUGCACGCCCAUUUUGACCCAAGCAAACCUGUGUGUUUGAGUUGUGAUGCGUCCCCAUAUGGAGUCGGUGCUGUUCUGGCUCACCGAGAAGCUGAUGGUCAUGAGCGCCCCAUUGCGUUUGCUUCCAAAUGUUUGACUUCUGCCGAGCAGAAUUACAGCCAACUUGACAAGGAGGCUGUGGCUUUAGUGUUCAGCGUUGAACAUUUCCAUCAGUAUUUGUGAGACAUUCCUUUCCAAGCACGUACAGAUCAUAAACCACUCCUUGGACUCCUAAGUGCAGAGAAACCCAUUCUGAUUCAUGCUUCUCCUCGGUUGGUCAGAUGGGCCCUCAUGUUGUCCACGUAUCGGUACGAGCUAUUGUACGCGCCCGGAAAGAAUCUUCAGCACGCUGAUGCCUUGAGUAGGCUACCCCUUCCUGCAUGCUGAGUGGAAUCCUCGAGUCCUGCAGAAGUGCUUAUGCUGGAGGAGGCUUACACAGACCUUCUAUCGCCUGCCGUUGUGGCUCGGGGAAACAAGGAGGGACCCUUUACUGGGUCAAGUCGUUCAUGCUGUGUUGCGUGGUGGUCAGUUUUCUUUGGGACCCGAAGGUUAUCCCUUCUUUUCAAGAAGUACCGAUUGAGCCUCCAGGAGGGGUGUCUGCUCUGGCGGGCAAGAGUGGUGAUCCCCAGGAGCUUGCAAGCCGACGUGCUGAAGGUACUUCGCGUGGGGCAUCCAGGCAUAGAGAAGACCAAAAGAAUUGCGAGAAGCCAUGUUUGGUGGUCAGGCAUUGACCACAAUAUUGCCAACAGUGUGAAGACGCCAUGGCCCUUCCCUGACAGGCCAUGGUCCAGACUGAAUAUUGACUUUGGUGGGCCAUUUUUGGGUCACACUUCUGUUAUCAUCGUCGCCGCAUUUUCUAAGUUGGGUUGAAGUGUUCCCAGUGAAAUCUACAUCGGCUGAAGCCACAAUCAACGUUUUGCACGUGCUCUUCACACAACAUGGUCUGCCCGACUUAUUGGUGUCCGACAACGGGCCUGCAUUUACUAGUGCCCAGUACCUCAACUUCUUAACAUGGAACGGCAUAUGUCGUAUGCUUGUGCCACCAUACCACCCUGCUUCAAAUGGUGCAGCCGAACGCGUUGUGCAAACCGUGAAAAACAAACUUAAGAAGAGCGGAUCUGGAUGUUUCCAGACACAGUUGGCGAGGUUCUUGUUUCACUACAGAACGACCCCUCAUGAAGUGACAGGACGAGCGCCUUGGGAGCUUUUGGCAGGCAGGAUGUUUAAAACACCGUUGGAUGUUCUCUGGCCUAACCUCCACUCAUCGGUGCGUCUCAAGCAGCUCAAACAGAAGUUGCAUGCUGACAAGGGGUGCCAUCAUGGGCCGUCAGUAGAAUCCGAGGACACUGUCUUUGCCAGAGACUUUCGUCGGAGUUCAACAUGGGUUCCAGCUACUGUCAUUGGUGCUCACAGCAGCUCUUCUGCAGAUGUGUGCCUGACUGUUUGGCACCGUCACAAUGAUAAUUUGUGUCCUAGACAGAUAGCAACAGCACCCGUCGUUCAAGAGGAACCAGCAUCGGAACAGUUUGUGCCUGGGCCUCCAGUACAGGAUUCAGAGCCGCAGCCUAGUGUAACGGGGGGAUCACCAGUCUGUUGUCCGCCCUUGAUUCCUUCAGGUCAAAAAAGCCCAGUACAAGAAGCGGGUCAUGAAGCACAACAGCAAAUUGCCACGGCUACAGAGAAUAAAAUUCCACUCUGUUGGAAGUGAGAGGACUGUGAAACCUGUACAGAGAUACUCACCAUGAUUUUCUUACUCAAAUGUUAGAUUCUUCGUUAAUGUCAAAGCGUUAAAUCGUUUAUUGUUGUUUUUCACUUGAGGGGGAAGAUUGUUAUAAUUGUGCUAACUGGUAGCGCCACCCUGUCACCUUGCGGAGAAUCAUGUUUUAAAUGCGUAAAUAAACGGGAGCCACUGCUUCUUUCGUUACGUGGUGCCUCAACUGA